GUCAGGAAAGUUGGUUUGAACUUCCGAGGAAGUAAUGGGACUUCAAGAAGGGGACAAUGGGGGGAAAGCUGACUUGAUAAAACAAGUAUCUUAUUGUUACAUGUCGUCUCAUAUCGCAUCGUCUCGCGUCUUAGAUUUUUGAACACUUGGAUUUUUAAUUUUGGAUUGAGUCAGAACUCUAAUCAACGGAGUGAUAUUCAACACUUAAACGACAGGAACGGCUGUGGCUGUGGCAGACCUCUUUAAGAUUUCCAUUUUACCUUUGUGUUUUGCUAUUAAAGAGAACACACGUUGCGGAGAUAUGUUUUGUAGCUGCGUUAAAUGAGUUUGCUGGAAUUCCCCAGAGGUUUUGGAAUGUACGCACAACAGAAUUUGUCAGCCCUACUUACGAUUUUGUUCCUUAUUUUUACAUUAUUUGUAACGGUAGGUAUUUGCACAGACCUUAAAGUAUUAGUUCGUUUGAGUGAUGGGCAAAUUACAGAGGAAACUCUGGAGGCAGACAGUGAGAGGGAUGUUAUCACUGUGGAAUUCAAGCAAGGAGAUGGCACUCUCAUAACAGUCUUGGCUGACUUUAAACGGCAUGUGAAGAUCUUCCGUGCCCUUGUUCUUGGGGAACCGGAGCGGGGCCAGACGCAGUACCAAGCCCUCUGCUUCAUCACACACCUCGACCCUCGCGAGUUCAUCCCCACUGAAUCCAUGGCCAGGCUCCGACAGAAAAACUCCCACGUGGUGCGCUCGGCCGACGAGAGCCGGGGGCCAGAGCAGCUCAGCAUGGAUGUGGCCGUCAACCUGACCCAGGCCUGGCAACUGAGCGCCCACAUCCGCAACGUCUGUGGCGAGGCCCAGCAGGCCUACACCAGCCAGGCAGAUGUGACCCGCUGGACUGGGAGAGGACUGCAGAGAUCCAUGUUUGAGGUCCAGCCCUCCGAUCCAGACGUGCCCACUCCGCUGGCCUGCUCAGUGGCCACAGGCCUGUGGGAGCCCUGCCUGUGCUCGUACCGCCUGAGUCUGGAGUGGUACCCCUGCCUGCUCAAGUACUGCCGCGGCAGAGGCCCCAGCCCCUACAAGUGCGGCAUCCGGAGCUGCAGCAAGAGCUUCCGUUUCAGCUUCCACACGCCACACAGACAGCUCUGCCUCUGGGACGAGGAGGCGUAGGAAGCUGUGCCCGCGCCCAGUCUGCAGAGGAACAGUGCCCAGCCGUAUGCCCAUAUGUUCACAUGCCAAGUGUGCAAAGCUCGAUGUUCUCCUCCUCACCAACAGUCGAGAUAUUUUUUUUUCUCUGAAUCUGUGAACGUCAAAAGAUGUGUGCCUUUCUGACACGCUGUGUGUGCGUGCUCCAGAGCCAGAGUAUGUGGAAGACGGUGUCACGGGGACCCGUCCCACUCACUGUGUUAAGGGAUAAUUAGUAUGCUGUGCAGUGGUGUCAUGAUCUAGUGACCAGUGGUCCCAAAGUCCCAUGCUGGAUGCCAUGACCCCCGAGGACCUGCCGGUGUCUUAGUUUGACUUUCUUACAUAUGCAGUUUUUUUUAAUUAUUGUUAUUAUUGUUAUUAUUAUUAUUAUUGUUAUUGUAUUAUUUAUGAACAACAGUAGCUGGUUAGAUAUCCAUGAAGCUAAAAAUAUCUUUAUAGCACUAAAAAAAACAAGUUUGGAUUAGAUUAUCUGAUUGGAAACUUCAGAUCACAACUUGGUCGUAGCACUCGCAGUGAACCUGUACCUCAUACAAGUGUCUUUUUUUUGUUCAGUUUCAUAAUGAUCAUAAUUGACAUUUACAAUUACACACAUUGCCCUGCCUUAAGUAUGCUGUGCUACUAUGACACCACACAUUGCCCUGCCUUAAGUAUGCUGUGCUACUAUGACACCACACAUUGCCCUGCCUUAAGUAUGCUGGCCCACUAUGGCAUGCUGGGCUUUAAGCCUCACAGUAUAUGAAAUGUAUUCUCAGUGCCUUUGUCCUAGGGGUCUCACUUGUUUUUACAGAGGUGCUUGAGCUGUUUUGCCACCAGCUGAUCUUGUUAUGCUUGGGUAGUGAGGCAUUCUGUGCUAGACGUGUCUCUGGUGUUAAAUGUUAAUUAAGUGUUAUAUUGAGGUUGAUAAAAUGUUUGUAAAAUGUUUGUAAAGGUUAUUAUUGACUGAGAUUAUUCACGCAAGUUGAAAAUGCUACAUACCCCAGACUUGGGUAUUAGACCUAGGUGUCUAUGUUCAGGUAACCGUCCCUCAAAGGGUGUCCGUUUUUGCACCAUAUCCUUUGAUUUAAAGAUGUUUUUUUUCAUACGUAGACAUGUUGCACGCAUCUGUUGACACUCACAGACAGAAUGUCCCUGUUGGAUGGUAAUGGGACGUGUAGUAGAUGGGGUUUCUCUACAUUAUUUGUAUGCCCUAUUGUCAUCACUACUGGUGAUCAUAUUCACCAUUAAUGACAUGAACGUGAUGCUAAUAUUACUGUGAACUGACACAAGCCAAAUAUGGUCCAAGUUGCAACAUACGUGUAUGUAGAAUAUUGAGAUAUAAAUCUUUAACUAUUUUUUUACAACUAAAUCUAAGGGUAUUACCUGCAUUUGUGAUGGUUAAAUAAAAUGCUGUUCUUACAAAGAUUGCUCUGGCUUAUUUGAGAAAUUGCUGUAUUACACUAAGUAGGCAUACUUCUCACCCACACAAGUGAUGUCUCAACACACUACACUUCUCCCAAAUGUCUGCAGUGAAGGCCAGGGGCUGUUGUUUGUGUUUCUGAUUUAUAGCUGAAUACUGCCCUCUGGUGGUUCAAUGUUGUAAUUUGUAUUUGAGACCAUGGACAAUAUGCACUUGUAACAACAAUCUGCAUUAAUUGGCAUUGUGUAGGUUUUUGUAGGCAGUUAGCCUUGGACUCCUCUUCAGAUUAAUUUUGAUGGUUAAUAUCCAUGUGAAACAGAUAGACACACCUGUCAUUUCCUCUAGCUGUACAGGGUAUGCACUAGGCCCGUGCAGGCUAGUUCAGUGCUCUAGAUCGGAACCCUCCACAAAAAUGUGAGAAAAGCUCACAGCAAAUCACCAACCAUAUGACCACAACACACAGCUCGGCAUGCUUGCCAACUGCGCUAUUGUUCCUGCUGGGUUUGUUGCAUGCCUUUUCGAUAUAGCUAUCUCGCUAGUUUUAGAUCAUAACUUCUUAUUUUUGUUGGUUGUAUAUGCACACUUGUCAAGUCAAGUCAACUUUAUUUAUAUAGCGCUUUGGACAUUUGUGUGUUUCUUUGACUACCAAAAGGAUUACAGACUUUCCUAGUUUUUUAUUCCUUAUGUAAACAAACACUCACUCCACCUGUGGUCUUAUGGUUUCUAACAAUCUUUUUACAACUCUUAUGAUGUGUUUUAGAACUUUGUAUUUUUAAGCCUUUUUAGCCUAUUCUUAUUUCUUCUUAUUCUGAUUUAUUUUAUGUUUAUUUUUAUUUUUUUAUUUUGUCCACCAUGCUUUUACUCAAUACUGCUUCCUAUUCUCUGAUGGUGUAAAGCACAUUGAAUUGCCUUUGUGUAUGAAAUGCCCUAUAUAAAUAAACUUGCCUUGCCUAUCUAGUGUAA